AUGGGUGCCUACAAAUACUUGGAAGAGCUUCAAAGAAAGAAGCAAUCAGAUGUGAUGCGUUUCCUCUACCGUGUCAGAUGCUGGGAAUUGAGACAAAAGAACGUCAUCCACAGAGCUUCUAGACCUUCCAGACCAGACAAGGCUAGAAGAUUGGGUUACAAGGCCAAGCAAGGUUUCGUUAUCUUCCGUGUUAGAGUCAGAAGAGGUAACAGAAAGAGACCUGUUCCAAAGGGCGCCACUUACGGUAAGCCAACCAACCAAGGUGUUAAGCACUUGAAGUACCAAAGAUCUUUGAGAACCACCGCCGAAGAGAGAGUUGGUCGUCGUGCUGCCAACUUGAGAGUUUUGAACUCUUACUGGAUCAACCAAGACUCCACCUACAAGUACUACGAGGUGAUCUUGGUCGACCCAUCUCACAAGGCUAUUAGAAGAGAUGCCAGAUACAACUGGAUUGUCAACCCAGUGCACAAGCACAGAGAAUCCAGAGGUUUGACUUCCGCCGGAAAGAAAUCCAGAGGUAUCAACAAGGGUCACCUUUACAACAAGACCAAGGCUGGACGUCGUCACACCUGGAAGAAGCACAACACUUUGUCGUUGUGGAGAUACAGAAAGUGA